AUGCCGAGGAAUGCGAGCUGUUCACCGAUGGUGAUGCAAUCACGGCCAGACGAACCGGUGUCUUUCUUCGCCGAGAAUGAGCCGCCAGAGGAGUCCGACACGGGCUCAUGCAGCGAAAUUGAGACGGAGCUGCGCAACUGCCGGAGGUCCGAGAACCAGCUCCAAGAAACUCUUCGGCGAUGUCAGAAGGAGAAGCGAGAUUGUGAUCAAGAAAGGAACACUUGUAACUCGAAUCGUCGGAAAUGUGCCGAGGAUUUAGCCACAUGUCGGCGAGAGGAAGAAGAACUCCAGCAAAAAUGCUCCGAUACGCAGCGAAAACUUGAACGGGACCUUGAAAAAUGCAGAAGGCACAAGGAAGCCGAGAAAGCUUCGGCACAAAAGUGCAAGACAGCCAAAUUUGCCAUAAAGCUGUGCCCCAAGAUUGAUCAAAACCUGCGGACCUAUGGUGGUUGGCAAUAUAAGAUCUGGUGUCAGCGAUGGGCCCCUGAACGUGGUGCUCCUUACAAGCAGAAUGCCCUCGGUUUCCGCCAAUGCCUGGUUGCUUGUUCGGCGGAUCCAGGCUGUUAA